CAGAAACGAAAGAAAUCAAAGAGAGAAUCCAACCGUUAGGUCGAUAGAGAGAUUACAAAAUAAUAAAAAAAUAAAAAGAAAAAUCAUUUUCCUCAUAUUGAUAUUGCCCGGUAAGCGACGACCAUCCCUGGAUGGAUCCAUCGAUCUUCACGUUGUAACGAGGAAGACUGUCCUACGUUGAUAAACCAAGACUUUUUGCACCUUCCCCAGUCGCCUUAUUCGUCGCCUGUGAUCGAUCAAACAAACAAACAAACAAAUUGUCCUCUCUCUCUCUCUCUCUCUCUCUCUCUGUGUGUGUGUGUGUGUGUACAAGCACAGUACAUGGGCAGUUCAACUUCAUUUACAGUCAAUAGAGCACAUGAGCUGUCUCAGUCGCUAUAAAUAUCCCACUGCCCCCCUUCAUAAUUGUUGUACUCUCUCUUUCCAGAGCAAACAAGAAGAUACUUAUUAUUGCGCUCUCUCCCUGUUGUGUUUGUCUUUGGGGUUUUGGAACAAUCGCAAUCUGAUCGGAGGAAGCAAGAUAUGGCGGAUCAGGAAGGAAUUAGCAGCACUAGCGAAGCGGUAAGUGGACCAGUUCACCGGACCCUUCUCAUCUCCGCCGGCGCCAGUCACUCUGUCGCCCUCCUUUCUGGAAAUGUUGUUUGUUCCUGGGGGCGGGGAGAGGAUGGGCAGUUAGGCCAUGGUGAUGCUGAAGAUAGAUAUGUUCCCACUAAAUUAAGUGCAUUAGAUGGCCAAGAGAUAGUCUCUGUUACUUGCGGAGCUGAUCAUACAACUGCAUUUUCGGAAUCACGUAUGCAAAUGUUCAGUUGGGGAUGGGGUGAUUUUGGGAGGCUGGGUCACGGUAACUCUAGUGACUUGUUUACUCCUCAGCCAAUCAAAGCCUUGCAGGGUUUACGAAUUAAGCAAAUUGCAUGUGGGGACAGCCAUUGCUUGGCAGUGACCAUGGAAGGGGAGGUCCACAGUUGGGGCCGGAAUCAAAAUGGCCAACUAGGCCUUGGUACUACGGAGGACUCACUUUUGCCACAGAAAAUUGAGGAUUUCCAGGGGGUAUCUGUAAAAAUGGUUGCUGCUGGUGCUGAACAUACAGCUGCUGUUACUGAAGAAGGUGAGCUUUACAGUUGGGGCUGGGGCAGAUAUGGAAACUUGGGCUUGGGUGACAGACAUGACCGCUUAGUUCCUCAUAAAGUUUCAAGUGUUGAGGGAGAGAAGAUGGUUCAGGUUGCAUGUGGAUGGAGGCAUACUAUAUCUGUUUCCUCUUCUGGAGGUUUGUACACUUUUGGCUGGAGUAAGUACGGUCAACUAGGGCAUGGGAAUUUUGAAGACCACCUAAUCCCUCAUAGGUUGGAAGCCUUGCGUGAAAAUUUUAUUUCUCAGAUAUCAGGUGGUUGGAGGCAUACCAUGGCAUUGACAAGUGAUGGAAAACUUUAUGGAUGGGGUUGGAAUAAGUUUGGACAGGUGGGUGUUGGUGACAAUGUUGAUCAUUGCUCUCCCAUGCAAGUUAGAUUUCCUCAUGAACAGAAAGUAGUUCAGAUCUCAUGUGGAUGGAGGCACACACUUGCUGUUACCGAAAGGGGCAAUGUAUUUUCUUGGGGGCGAGGUACAAACGGACAGCUUGGGCAUGGAGAAUCUAUUGAUCGAAAUGUUCCGACAAUUAUAGAAUCUCUAAGCGUGGAUGGAUCUGGAUUACAGCAGAUAGAAUCCUCUCAAUUUGAUCCCUCUUCAGGUAAAACUUCAGUUGGCCCGACUGAAAGGUAUGCAAUAGUUCCUGAUGAUAAGGUCCAAGGGCAGAAUGUAAUUCCAGCAAGGGGCAACGGAAACGAAGCAAGUGUCCCGGAGGGCGAUGUGAAGAGGAUUAGGCUUCAAAAUCCAUAGCUUCCAACUGAACUGGCAGUGUUCUUGUUCCCCAGAACUUUGAGCAGGUAGCAGAGUGAUUGGAAAUGCUCGCUUAUGGUGAUAGGCAAAUGCAUGCCAUGUCUGUCUUUGUUAGUUUUAGUUAUCUUUCUCUCUAGGCCAAAUUGUGUUUGCAAUGCUUGCUAGCUCUUAUCAACUAACUUGCUUGAAUGUUUGUUGGACUCUUAAUUUGUGGUCAUUUUCCUAUCAAAAACUCAAUUCAUCGUAA